CUGGAUUACCUGCAGAGAGAGUGGCGAUUUCUGAGGAAUUUUCCCCGCAUAUAUAUAAUGCCUGGAUCAGCGCUCUAUUCUGGGGAUCUGCACGCAGUCAACAUAGAGGACUGCUCCAUGUGUGCUAUCCUAGCUCCGUCACCCAAGGCAGUAAACAGCCAGAUCCUGGUCGACACGGAGGCCAUCAUGGCCACACUUAACAUCGGGUCCCUGAGGAUCGGCUCCACCCGCUACAGGCCUUCAAUGCCAGGAUUGCUACCUGACGCUAACGAAUACCAUGGGAAAUCAAAAUACCGCCGAGUCCCCAUCCUCACUGAACUGAAGAAUCCUUCCAACAUCCACUUUAUUGAGCAACUUGGUGGACUGGAAAGGAGUCUGACUGGGCUGAACCUGCAUCUCAGCACUUCCUUUUGCACAGGUGCCGUCUUUUCUGGCAACUUCCUGGAUUCCCUCCUGGCCACAGCCUUCUACAAUUACCGGGUCCUGGAAUUACUGCAGAUGCUGGUGACAGGAGGGAUAAGCUCUCAGCUAGAACAGCAUUUGGAUAAAGAGAAGUUCUGUGGGACUUCUGACAGCUGCUCUACAUUCCUGUCUGGAAGAACGCGGUGUAAGCUAGGGCUGCUCUCCUUAAAUCAAACCAUUUUAUCAGACAUUAAACCAAGAAACACCUUUGGACAACUAUUCUGUGGCUCGUUAGAUAUUUUUGGAAUCCUGUGCGUUGGCCUGUACCGCAUGAUUGAUGAUGAGGAGCGUAACCCAGAGCACAAAAGGUUUGUGAUCACCCGGCCAGCCAAUGAAUUUACAAUGCUGCCCUCAGACCUUGUGUUUUGUGCUAUCCCUUACAACACUGCCUGUUACAAAAAGCAUGAUGUUUCUGCAUCCCAAACUCAGUGUGAAAUUAUGAAUGUAGUAUCACUGACACCAGAGAUGCAUCCAGAUACAAUGUGUCCUCCCACGAGUGACCCCGUGUAAGACAGCACAUUACAGUCAUGGUGUUUCCCGAUCCGUCUCUGAAGCCAAGAACUUUCUGAGUUUCUAUAUUUCAGGAAGCAGUGCUGACUCAGAGUAAUAAGCUACCACUCCAGAAGCUUCUAGACAAAAACAGUGAAAGAAAAUGGAAAGGAAAACAUGAAGGAACUUCCAAGGGAGGAUGCUCUUCACACUCUGUGCUAAACUAGACCUAUCAAUGUUUUCCAUGAACUCUCAACCUGCUACUUAAAAGCAUCGCUAGAGACAGACUUUGAACCAGGAAGGUCAGAUGGAAGCAAGCCAUUUUUGUGCCCACAGUUUAGAAGUUGAUCAGCACGCUCACACUGUUUUGGAAGAGAUCUUUGUCCUACUGGAUCUGGUGUGAUAAAUAUAUGAUAAAUGCCAUUAAAGGAAGGUCAUGGCUUUGUUUUCCUUGAGCAGAAAAUGGGUUAGUAUGAGCUACAUUAAAGAAGCCCUCCAGAUGGAGAGAUGCUGCUGGAAUUGGAAGGCAGUUUGUUUAUAGGUAUAUGUCUGGCAUAUAGUGGGUGCUUAAUAUAAAGUAUUAGAGGAGCUUCGGAUAGAUGCCUGGGUGAAGUCAAGUACACUG